AUGUCUCUGUUCUCGCGUCUCUUUCGGCCAUUCUCCUCCACCGCCAAUACCUCGCUCUCCGUGGGGCCGGCAGAAUCCCUCGCCGCGCUGAACUUUCCCGCAAACGCACAGAAGGCCACCAUCGCCGCGGGCUGUUUCUGGGGGGUCGAACACCUGUUCCGGAAACAGUUUGGGAACGGGAAGGGUCUUCUGGAUGCCAGGGUGGGAUACUGUGGAGGAGAUACAAAGGUGCCUACGUAUAGAAGUGUGUGUUCGGGCAUGACGGGGCACGCCGAAGCGCUACAGAUGGUAUUCGACCCGUCCGUCGUGUCGUAUCGCCAGCUUUUAGAAUUCUUCUACCGCAUGCAUGAUCCCACGACGCUAGACCGACAAGGCGGAGAUAUCGGGACGCAGUACCGUAGCGCUAUCUUCACGCAUGACGACGAGCAGCAGCGCAUCGCCGAGAAGAUCACGGAUCAGGUGAACAAGGAGUGGUGGGGGAAUAAGGUGACGACCGUUGUGACGCCUAUCGGGCAGUGGUGGGAUGCCGAGGAUUAUCAUCAGCUGUAUCUGCAUAAGAAUCCAAGCGGAUACGAGUGCCCUGCGCACUUUGUGCGAAAUUUACCACCGCUUUCCUAA